GUCGCAUCUUCUUUUGCCUACGACCGACGGACGUGGUUGGUUGGUUGGUUGGGUGGAUUGGUUUUUGCUCCUAGCUCAGCCCGAGAUUGACGACGCUCUUGGUCCCAGUUCUAUUCGGUCGGUACUCGCAGUCUGUCGCAACUCUGGUCUUUGGGUGGACGACUCUGGCGUCAGCACGUCUUACAGCAACGCGGACUCCUUGCAAAUCUCGGUUCGGUUGACGGUCGGUGCGCGGUUUGUGCGUGGUAGGUCGGCGGUGUUUUGUGGUGCCGCGUCUCGCGAGGUUUGGGGGGGCUUUUCAUAUGCUCAAUCAGCCCGGUUGUUGUGUGUACAUACCGACGACAUAAGAGAUCUUGGUGCAGGUCCGUGGCAGGAGGAGGAACUUCCGGUUGGGAGCGAGAGGUUUGUGUUAGCUAGCGAUGGGGCAGGCAUUGAUUGUAGCAUAAUUCUUUUGCUUUUUGGGGCCAUCGAUGCACAGUUUGUGGAAAAUCGUCUACGGGCAGUCGAGCAAAUAGUUUGGUGUGCGGUUGCAAGUGUUAGAAGGUGGAAAUUGUCUACCACCCACCCAGUCAUUCAGUCAUUUGGCGGGUGGGCUCCAGCUGUGUGGCAGAAAAGAAAAGUGUUCGUUUGUGGUGGGAAAAUGGUUCUAGGCAAGAAGCAGGUGCUAGAGAUUGUGGUGAAUAUCCUUGAGUAGGACGAAAAUAAGCAGCAAGAAUGUGCGAUUUCUGAGAAAUUGCACGCGUUGCAAGUGGAUGGUGCUUGCUGAGCUUGAAGAGCGUAUGUUGAUACCGUGCUGCUAAUCUGCACGGAAUCAACGAUAUGUUGACAAAAGGCCUGGAAGAAAUUUUUCAUCUCGACAAGCUUCCUCCGUGCUCAAGUUUGCGUAAAGGAAAGGAACGCGCGUUACUCGUAGUCCUACGGUUUAAUUAAAAGCCACCGAACGAAGCAGGUCGAGGAUUCAUUUCCUCUUGUUGUACCCUUCCUGUACUCUUCAAAGUGCGCCGUGUUCCGCGCACCGGAUGCGAGCUGGUGUGAAAAGAGAUGGUAAUCGGAAAGAGCUUGGCAGAUGCCAAGACUUGAGAUAGGGAAAAAAAAGGCGCACACCAGAGAUGGCGGUAGCGACGAUGGCGUCAAAAUAUGUCGUGCUUCUACCAUCCAGGGUAUGAAGGCCUUUGCCUCUAGGCCGUGUCCGCGCGAUUCCUCGGAAGUGCGGGGCAAAUUCGUAGAAGGAGGACACGAAAAUAGCUCCAUCGUGAGUGAAUGUGUGUGUGUGCGCGUUUCUGUGUAAGCGUGAAAAAGUGAGAAACCUACUAUUCAAGGAGAGUGAAAUCCGUGUGAAGGUCGUUUCAAAAGUAAUGUAGGUGAUAUUGUCGUGCGCCAAAACAUACCACACAAAAAGUGAAAACAGAGAGAGAAAAACACAACAAGUGAGGGGUAACCAAAAGCUCGAAUAAAGCGAUAAAAUUCGAACGUUGUGAGUUGCUUGAGCCGACGAAGAAGAAGCAACGAAACCAUAACCAGCAAAAGCAUAAAAAUCUGAAUUUAUUUGGGUCUCCAUAUUGAAGCGAGGGCCCUGUUGUUUUGGGGUUUAAAUUUUACUGCGGAUUGCGGAUUUUCGAACCGAAGAGGUUCUGCAGUGAAGUGGCAGCAGCAGUCACAUAGAAGUGCCACAUUUACGUUUCCAUUAGGCUGUCGCAGCGGUUGGUGUGUGUGUGUGGGCAGUGCAGGUACAAAGAGCGCCUUUGUUUAAGGACAACUGCUUUGGGAGGAACUACAGAAAAAAAAUAAUAUUUGGAGAUCGAUAUACGAUAGUUGUGUAUCAGAUCGCACCCAAGUGGAAAUCACCGCCAGGCAGCAACCGAAACGUCCUACACCAACAAAUGCUGCGUCCGAAAAGAGGACACAAAGCCGAUUCCAGUCCAACGCCCUUUUGCCCAGCGGGAAGUCUUCCGGUCGUUAGCCGUUAACAAGCCCUGGCCGUGGUACCUAGUGGCUAUUGAUAGAUAACAUAGGAAGAAAGAAAGGAAGAAGAAGAAGAAUAAGUUCCCCAAAGCUCCGAACACCACUGUUUAUGACGGCUUCUGACGGCGGUACCUUCAUCAAUUGCCGUCAAGGUGGUCGUCAAGCUCUGUGGGAUUCCAACCGCCACCACAACCACCCCCACAACGAUGAUGAUGAUGACUAUCAAAAAGCAGGAAUUCAUACGAAAAUUAAUGACCAUUAAAUCGAAAUUGAAGCAUCAGUGGUGAAAAAGAGAGAGAGAGAGAGAGGGAGAAGCAAACAAGGAAACACAAAAACUGGGAAAGCUAAAAAGUUCAAAUGUAAUGAGUGUAAUUGAAAAUAAUUGUGAGGCACGUGAAGGCGGUGCCGGGUGGGAUAGCCUGUGAAAUGGUGAAGUUUAUUGUUCGAAGGGGUUUCCGUGCAAAAUUGAAACCAAUAGGAGAAAGAAGUGGAAAAACUACCUGUUGUAAAUUUGAGAAUUUCUAUGGGUAGUUUCGAGCGCGCUCGGAAAGUAAUUAAUGUUUGGCUUCUCUGUGUUCCAGCCGGUGGCACCGAGUGGGUGUCCAUUAGCCAUAUAGAGGCCAAGUCCCUGUUGAAUGUAAAGAAUCCAAGAAAAGUGUUUUCCAGAAGAGAAUCAAAUUCGAAAAAGUUGCGGUUGUGAAAAUUUAGAAAAUAGGUAUCCACGUGUUAGUGUGUGUGUGUGUGUGUCUUAAUUAGUCCAAUUGUUACCCAAACCGGUUCCGUGUGAGUGAACAUCCGCGUCCGAUUGCUGUGCGCGGGUUGUAUGAUGAAUCCUUCCAACGAUGACCUUCCGAAAUACAUGUACUCAGCAGCAGCGGCAGCAGUUUCAUCUUCCUUCUCACUGUCCGGAUCGGCCACAUCGGGAUCAUCCGGUACGGAUGGUGGUAGUGCACUGUUCUUUAAUGGUAGCAGUUCGGUGCUGGCAUCGGCUAAGGCGGCCGGUUCAUCGACGAUAUUCAGCGUGGCUUCGAACGGUGGCGUCCCUGGGCGAGGAGAUCCCGGUGGACCGGGUGAUCCAACGGGGAAUCACGUAAUCUUCCAGGGGUACAGUACCAGUGGGCCGAGCUCGUUGGACAUGACCACCGGAACGGAAGGUGUCAUCGAGGAUUGCUGUGGAGCCGCAGCAGCCACCGCCAGUGGGGAGUGGAUCGACGUGGUGCUGCUGGUGCUGAAGGCGUCGAUUAUGAUGUUCAUCAUUGUGGCUGCCAUUUUCGGCAACCUGCUCGUCAUCAUAUCGGUUAAGCGACAUAGGAAAUUAAGAGUUAUAACAAAUUACUUUGUGGUAUCGCUCGCCAUGGCAGACAUCAUGGUGGCGAUGAUGGCCAUGACAUUUAAUUUCAGUGUACAAAUAACGGGAAGUUGGAAGUUUGGAUCCUUCAUGUGUGACGUGUGGAACAGCUUGGAUGUGUACUUUUCAACCGCAAGCAUACUGCAUCUGUGCUGUAUUUCAGUGGAUAGGUAUUAUGCAAUAGUGAAACCACUUAAGUAUCCGAUAAGCAUGACGAAGCGAGUCGUCGCCGUAAUGUUACUCAAUACCUGGAUAUCACCAGCCCUGUUGUCAUUCGUACCGAUCUUCGCUGGUUGGUACACCACGGACAAGCACAAGGAGGACGUGCGCAAGAACCCAGACAGCUGUUUGUUCAUCGUGAACAAACCGUACGCCGUCAUCUCCAGUUCCAUCUCGUUCUUCAUCCCCUGCACGAUCAUGGUGUUCACCUACUUCCAGAUAUUCCGCGAGGCCAACCGACAGGAGAAGCAAUUGGCCAUGCGCCAAGGUACUGCCAUGCUGAUGCAUCAGCACAAUGCGGGUGGGGGGAGAGGCCCCGGAGGUGGUGGCAGCGGCGGCGGAGGGACAAACGGGGAAGCCCUGAGCGGAUCCGGCUCGUCCCGGACGCUCACCAUGCACGAGGUGGACGCCGAACAGACGCCCACCAAGGAUCGACAUCUGAUCAAAAUGAAACGAGAACAUAAGGCUGCACGGACGCUCGGAAUCAUCAUGGGGACAUUCAUCCUCUGCUGGCUUCCGUUUUUUCUAUGGUACAUCAUCACGUCGCUCUGCGACCAGUGUCCCAAUCCGGACAUCGUGGUGGUCCUAGUCUUCUGGAUCGGCUACUUCAACUCGACGUUGAACCCGCUGAUCUACGCUUACUUCAAUCGGGACUUUCGGGAAGCAUUCCGAAACACGCUGGACUGUAUAUUCUGCGCCUGGUGGCGCCGGGAAACGUCCCCGCUGGACAUCAACGUGCGGAGGUCCAGCCUGCGGUACGACUGCCGGGCGAGAAGCGUCUACUCGGAGAACUACCUGCGGUCGACGACGCAAAACGACCGGCUCAGUAGCGAGAUCGGCGAGAGUCUCUAAUGUCUUCUUCCCGCAUCGGCCGGAACGUCUCGGGACACAAUCGGAACGACGCCCACCACCACCACCACCAGCCAUCAGCAUCAUCAGCACAGACAUCAUCAUGACGAGUGCAGUGCGGUCUGAGAGACGGCGAUCCGUGUCGGUGAGCGAAGGCUGUAAUAUACCAAAAACUAGAUCAAGACGAAGUUAGGUUUAAGGUUAUUUAUUUUCGAAGAGUCUAACGUCUAGGAGGUUCGAAUGAGGUGCGCAGACAGUGUGGCCAGUUUUGUGGAUGGGGGGAAUGAAGCAGCCCUGAACCCCAUCAUGGUGUGAAAGGGUGUAAUGAAGAGUGUUCGUGGAAUUUCAAACACACCGGUAGUGAUAUCCGUAGGAAACGUAGUAGGUAUAUAUAUAUAUAGAUAUAUUUAAAUCGAGACAUUCAAGCAUGAAUCAAGAAAAACGUACUUCAGCUCGAAGAAACAGAUAUGGAUUAAUUUUACUCAGCUGGUAGCACAGGGGCAGAUUGAGAGGGGUGAAUAAACAGAUUAAAUUCAAUAUUCAUGCUUCCGGGUUUAUAAAUAGGAAAUCGAUUCGAAAUGGAUUCAGAUUUUGCCAAUGCGUUUGUGGGAAAAAAAAUAGACUCAGUUGUUUCGUUUGUUCAGACGCACCAUAAGCUGAAACUGGUUUUUUAUUUACUUUCUCAGAUUUUCUUCGCAUCGAACGAAGAUGAAGCAAAGAACGUUCAGAAGUUACAUAUGAUUGUCUUUCGGUAUCUCGGAUAAGAGACGAUUGAAAAGUAGAUCUCCAGCUGUUUUGUAGUGUUAAGUUUUUCUGUUCUUUUAAUUUUUGAAUUUUAAACGAGAUUAUUGCGGGAAAAACAACCAAGCAAGUGGAGUACGAGAACAUACUUAUGCAUGAAGUGAGCAUAGAUUAGGAUGAUACAUCAAUUGAAUUCUGGUGGUUUUGGAUAAUUAUGCCAAAGUCAGCAUCUUUUUGGAUGGUCAGUUCUUAAGAGAUUCCA